UGCACGUUCAAUAUAACGACAAGUGAACGGGCGACCAUGUUUGUGCAUCCUUCGUGCGUGCGGCCCAGAUGACGUGUGGAUAUUCUGUGGCCUUUAUUUCCUGUAUUUUUGUAAAAGAGAACAGGAACUAAUUUAUAAUGACGGGAACGCCAUUGUUCUCCCGCCAGACGCGACACUUCGGCUCUCCUCCUCUUCGCCGCUGUUUUCAUCUGCUAUGUGCGCCUUUCUAUUGCGCAUUUAACCGUUACUACGUACCGAGUACUGUCUUUCUAUUUUGUGAAUAAAUUGCCUCUCGCCAAGCGAGCAACUCAACUGCACGUGACCAGGAGUUUCACUUGGUGACUCAUUUUUAGUAGGAUGCUUGCGCUGCUAAUUGCGUUCUGGACUUGGAAUGCUUACUCCAAGAUGUUCACAUGGGCUAUAACAGUAGAUCCUGAGGUGUAUAUGGAUUCGACACAGUUAAUCACCAGCAAAGGGUACCCCUGCGAGAAUCAUUACAUCACCACAGAAGAUGGCUUCAUCCUCAACAUGCAACGUAUCCCUCAUGGUCGAGCCCCAAAGUGUGACAAGUUUCGAUUACACAUCAGGCCGAAGCCCGUGGUCAUUCUUCAACACGGGCUAGAGGCGUCCUCGUCCAACUGGCUGGACAACCUGGCCAACGAGAGCCUGGCCUACCUACUGGCUGACGCCGGAGCAGACGUGUGGCUGGGCAACGUCCGAGGCAACAUGUAUUCCCGCAACCACACCAAGCUCAGUCCCGACCAGGAGGAGUUCUGGGCCUGGAGCUGGGACGAGAUGGCUGCUUACGACCUGCCAGCCAUGCUUGACUACGUGACUCGCACGACAGGCCAGAAGCAGGUGCAUUACGUGGGUCACUCGCAGGGCACCUUGAUAGGUUUCGCUGGCUUCACCUCCAACAAAACGCUGGCCGCCAUGGUCAAACAAUUCUACGCCCUGGCCCCCGUAGCCAAAGUUCACCACAUAGAGAGUCCCAUCCGUCUGUUGGCGCCCUUUGCCAAAGACAUCGCUGCUUUCUAUGAGUUGCUCGGCAGAGGGGAAUUUCUGCAGUACAACAGGAAGUUGAUGGACUUCUUGGCGAAGUACGUGUGCACACGCCUGGGAGAAUACCUCUGCGAGAAUGUCCUCUUCGUCUUGGGUGGCACUGAUUCGUCGCACCUUAACAUCACAAGGGUUCCUGUCUAUGUGGCCCAUAACCCAGGUGGAACAUCAGUGCAGAAUAUUCUUCACUUUGCUCAGGGAGUGAACAUUGAUGCCUUCCAAAAGUUUGACUUCGGAUCUGCUGCUGAAAACACAAUGCAUUACAAUCAGUCCACACCACCAACUUACCAGCUGGAAGAUCUGACAGUACCCACAGUGACCUACACCGGAGGGAGGGACAGUCUGGCUGAUCCCGAUGACUGCGCCUGGCUGUUGAGUCAUCUUCCAGCAUCCAUUCUUCGUGCCCACCUGUCUUUCCCCGAGUGGGAACAUCUCGACUUUAUCUGGGCCUACGACGCUUCCAAAUUGUGCUACAGUGACAUCAUAAAACGGAUCUUCACAGCCCCUUGAGAUGUUUUUUGGAGUGCAGUCACAUCCAAUUUUUUUUCAGGACAGUCCCUUAUUUAGCUCUUGCAUGCCCGGCUACGGCCUUAUUGACUUGGCUUAUCUUUACGAUUAGACAUUAUUUACCACCUAGGUGAGAAUGUCACAAUAGCAAAGGGUGGUUUGAUAUGUGAUUGCCGUAUGACAAUUCUUUAUUAACACAUGUAAUCACAUA